CCAACAGAAUAACAACCCUCACAUAGCAAAAUGAAAGCCGCCAUCAUCUUCGCCUGCCUUUUGGCCGUUGCCUUCGCUCGCCCCAAUCCCGAUGCUGAAAUCGUCAAAUUGGACUCUGAUGUUGGACCUGAAAGCUACGUAUACAAUUUGGAGACCAGCGAUGGUACCAAGAAGGAGGAAGCUGGACAACUGAAGGAUGUUGGCACUGAUCACGAAGCUAUCGUUGUCCACGGUAGCUUCUCGUGGGUGGAUGAAAAGACUGGCGAGAAAUUCACCGUCAACUAUGUUGCUGACGAGAACGGUUUCCAACCUCAAGGCGCUCACUUGCCCGUUGCCCCAGUCGCUUAAGUUGUUUGAAAUAAUGAAAAUUGUUUAAAUUUUAAAUUGGAAUAAAAUUAAAUG